GUCCUUUCCAUUUUUAAAGAAUGAACCAAUCAUUAAUUGUGUUUAAUAGUAUUUGACGCAACCAGUUGAUUAGACUAAAUACUGAGGUGAAAAAGAAAGAAAAAAAAAAAUGAAACCCACCCUUGACAAGAAACAUAGAAGGAGGGAGCAGAAGAAUCGAAGCCACAAAAAACAAACAGGGUCCGUCGAUUAAUAUCCACGUGCUGAAAUAAUCCUGUGGUGUCCCUUACUACUACCUCACCUCACAAAAAGCGCUUAUGUUGAACUCAAAAUCCAAAGAGAGUACUCUGAACAAUACAACAAACCCUUCAACUCUGGGAAGUAAAACCUCUUUAUAAUGGAAAUAAGUAUCGCAAGGUGUAAUCUAGAAGCACAGGGGAUAGUCUUUUCCAACAUUUUGAGAACAAUAGGAAGGGAAAAUUCUCAAAAACUUCCAUGGAGUGCAGCAUCCUUUAAUUUUCACAGAUUAGUCUCUUCCCAUCAAACAUUUACCGCAGUGUAUCCCAGAAGAUCAUUUUUCUGUAGAACACAUUCAAUGGCAACUAGUUUAGAGGGAUUUGCAUCAGCAUCAUUACAAUCCGGUGAUGAUCCUAACGAGGAUAUGGAUCCAUCUACAGACUCAGAAGACGAGAGCUUGUCACAACCAAAUACCAGUGAACAGAUAAAGGCAUUGCUUGCUGAUACUGAAAGAGUAAAACUCACUAAGAAGCUUAGUGAAGCCAACCAACAAAAUCGGUUCCUCAAAAGACAGUUGUAUAUAAAGGAGGAUGCAUUGCUAAAGUUUAAAAGUGAACUUGCUGUCAUGGAGCUUGAAAUUCAGGCAUUGGCCAGACUAGCAGAAGAAAUAGCUAAAUCUGGUAUUCCAAAUGGUUCAAGAAAGAUCAAUGGAAAGUACAUUCAUACUCACCUUGUUGCUAGAUUAAAAGCUGUACAUGAACAAUUGACUGAGCAAAUAAAGGAUGUUGAUGUGGCACAAUCGAAGGAGGUUUCGGUAUUUUGGGCCGGCAUGGCUGAGAGUGUGCAAGUUAUGGGAAGCUUUGAUGGUUGGAGUCAAGGAGAGCACCUUUCACCAGAGUAUACAGGUUCCUACACAAGGUUCUCAACAACAUUGAUGCUCAGGCCUGGAAGGUAUGAAGUCAAAUUCUUUGUAGAUGGUGAAUGGCACCUAUCACCUGAGUUACCAGUUACUGGUGAAGGGUUAAUGAAAAAUAAUUUGUUAAUUGUUGAGUGAGUGAUCUGCAUGUUUAAUUAAUUAAUCCUAGCAAUAUUUAGAUGUACUAUGUUGUUUAAUCACAAGUCUUUUUUAUAUGCUAACAAGUCUAUCUUUACCACAUAUACUUAUUUGUAAAUGUUAAUGAAAUGUGUUGACAUA